AUGCUCGCUAGUAGCUUUGGUACACCCCUCAUUUCUCAACUCCUCAGAAAAAAGCGAUUCGCAUUUGACGUCAAGUCAUUCAUAGACGACUGGCUUCGCGUCGAUCGCACCAGAUCAUGGGUCGACAUGCACUCCAUUACACCCUUUUUGCUGACCAGACAGCGCUUGACAUUUACCUACUCUUGUUAUGAACGAAGCUCCUUGGUCGAAAUUAGGACCAUGUUUGUUGACCACACCCUUCGAGGGAGGCUGCACUUAGGCCCAGAUACGAGGAGAGGACUUCUCGAGGCUGAGGCAUGGGUAGACACUCACACCACAGGAUCCAGGCAUGUAUGGUGCUUGGGGUGUAAAGAACGCGUCGACUUCUUACGGGAAGACUUUGAUGUUGGAGCGUGGCAGGAACACCGGGAUUUUUGCUGGGAAAUUCGAAAUAUGACGAAGAAAGCCGUUGUGAAGGAGAUCAUCAUGCAGACUCGUCAGACGGAGCUCCUUUGGGCGCCAAAUAGUCGGUCACCGCUGUAUGAUGACGUUGAUGGAUAA